UACAUUUAUUGUAUUAUUUAUUUUAAUUAUAGACGUGCAUUAUUUGCACAGAGUUAAUGUAUAGUUUUCGAAUACCAUUAUUUAACACUACCUCGUUUGUUGUCGAUACAUUUCUAGAAAUUUUUACAUUGAAUUUUUUUGUACCAGUAAUUGAGGAAAAAGUAGAGUAAUUGAAACACAAGCCCAGUAAAUUUAUAAUUUCCUUCGCCUCUAAGAAAAAUGGCCAAAGGGGAGACGACUGUGUCAAAAUUCAACUUAAAUGAAAUAUCCAUUUAUGCGAAAAUUAAUUGGUUAAAUACUGAGACCACUGUGUUCCAAAUUAAAAUUUUUGAUGAUACUAACACAUGGUCCGGUUCCUUUUCCAAUGAAUUGGCCGAAGAAUGUAGAAAAGAUGUUUUAGAAAAAGAAGAUGAAUAUUACAGACAUGUUAAAAAUUGCUUAUCUUAUCCUAAUGAUAAAUAUAUUUAUGAUUUUAAAGUAUCUCAAAACACUGCUACAUUUAAGUGGAAAAAACAUUUUGAAGGAGUAUCUGCUAAAUUAGUUCAUGGAUAUGUUAAUUUAGACAAGGAUGUUGUGACUGAAAGUAAAAAUGCAAUAAUUGACUAUCUUAUAAAUGAAAAUACUCUACAGAGAAAAGAAAUAGAUAAAUGUGAUCUAAGGAUAAAAGAAAUGACACUAAAAAUUGAUGAAUUGAAAGAAGAAUUAUCAAAGUUUGCAGAAAUGAAAAUAGCAAUGGAGGAUUGUUUGUACGGAAAAUUUUUAUCAAUUUUAAACACAAAAAAAUCAAGAAUACAGUUUUUAGAAGAUCAAUUAAAGAACUAUGAAAAAAUUUAAUACAAUGUUUAGAAUUAAUUCUUUCUAAAAUUG